GACUUUGGGUGUUGUACAGCACUGUUUAUUCGAAAUAUUUAUGUAUAAAAACUUUAAAACCGUUAUCAACCCCUAGUUUUUAGUCUAAAAAUUCGAAUUUUAAUUGACUGAUAAUUAAAAAAGGGAUUCAUUCUGUUAAAAAGUUGUAAGGUCCCUUAAAACGGUCCCUUAAGGUCCCUUUCAAUAAUAAGUACAAAUACAUCUGAAAAAAUUGCAAUUCCAUAGUUUUCUUGCUCGUCUUUCGAGAAUUUCUAAAAAUAGACUCAGGCCUCGUCAGCCAGGACAUAGUAAUAAUAAUAGUAAUUGGAAAACACCUGCACUGAGCAUGCCCAGAAAUGGGUAAAAAGGAAAAGUGCCCACCCUCGCCUGUGGGCCUGCGCAUACAUUGUAUCGAUUUUAAGACUGUGUACUUAUUUCAUAAGCUUGUGGAGAAAAGAUGUUUUCAUAAACAAGUGCACGGUGGAAGUUAGUGCUUAAAAAAUAUAUGAUUGGUGCAAUCGGAUACCGUAGAUAAGUGUGAUUAUGCAGCCGUUAAAAAUGGCAUAACAUCGAGCUGCUGCAAAAGGAUAUUCGGAUUCUCAAAUAGUCUUGGCAGAUUUUUUCCCUCGAGUAAUACGAAACUAAUAAGCCAUCAUGGGAACGGUGUUGAGCUUCAAUCCGCGGGAUCGCCAUCCCAUCUACUCGUCCCAGCCAAAUUUUCAAUAUAACCACUCGACCGAUAUGCGGAACGAGAACGACAGCACAGGCUCCAUGGACUCACAUCUGAACAACUUCUCCUACGAGCAGCUAAACAAUGCCAAGAAUCGGGAGAACAAGAAGUCCGCCUGCCAUCCGAUGGCCAAGAAUGUGAUUGGUCAGCCGGGUGGGCCGUGUGGCGGCGGGGUCCACAUCAAUCUGCAGACACAAACCCAGCUGAGCUCGCACAAUUUGAACAAUCUGGCGAACGCCUCAAAGGACACCAUCACCAAUGUCCUGGACACGCAUAACGAGAACUCAGUGCUCAAGGCGGAGAAGAGCUCCUUCGAGAAGAACCUAAAGAAGCACUCAAUCUUUAUCAACGCGCUCUCAUGGAAGAAGCUCUCCACGUCGCACAACAAGAAGAAGAUCGAGAACAAGAACAAGUGCGCCAACCUGCCCACGGCCUGCUUCAAGGCCCAGCUGCUGGAGUCCUCGUUUGCAUCCUCCUCGGACAAGAAUCGUAACAUCCAGCUGCACUGCAACCGCAUCGAGGAGCACAACCAGCAGCACUGCAACCAGCAUCUCCAUUCGCAUCCGCAUCAGCACCAACUUCAGCUACAGAAUCAGCACCAGAAUCAGAAUCAGAACCAGGUGCAAGACAUCCGGGAGGAGGUCAUGACCGGGCCAACGGGCAAAUCGCAGAACCCUUCCAAGGCGAAAGACCCCGUCAAGGUCAACAACAAGAACUCCAUGUCGAACCACAACAAGCUGAUCCAGAAGCAGCCCCUGACGCUCAGCCUGCCCCAGCAAGUCCAGGCCUCAUCCAUUCAGAUCAAGAACACCAACCAGAUCCCACGCAAAACCGUCAUUCAGGCCUCCACUUCGGAAUUGCUAAAGUGCUUGGGAAUGUUUUUGCACUGUCGUUGUCAGAGGCUAAACAACUUCGAUGCCGGAGAUGCAGUCAUGUGGCUCAGAGCUGUGGAUCGCAGCCUUUUGCUCCAAGGAUGGCAGGAUGUGGCAUUCAUAAACCCAGCCAAUGUGGUCUUUGUCUACAUGCUGGUUCGCGAGUUGGUCAGCGGUGAAGAAAGUAAGGAAUCGGAUCUUCAGGCUUCGGUACUCACCUGUUUGUAUCUGUCGUAUUCGUAUAUGGGCAAUGAAAUCAGCUAUCCUCUUAAGCCGUUUUUGGUUGAAGACUCAAAGGAAAAGUUUUGGGACAGGUGCCUCGUCAUUGUAAACAAGCUAAGUGAUAAAAUGCUUAAAAUCAAUGCUGAGCCUGGAUUUUUUACCGAAGUCUUUACUGAGCUGAAAUCUUGUGGUCAAUAUCAUCCUACAAUUAAAUCAUACUGUGGAGGCGCCUGACGGAUGGACAACCGGGAGAUUAUUGUCAACCUCUCAUUGUCUGCGCAUCGCCAAAAAUUUCCCGAUGAAAUGAUGGCGAAGUACCGUUAAUAAAACUUAAUAUUUUAUAAAACAUUAGACAAUUUCAUUAUGUCACUAUCACAAUCGUUCAAAUCAAAUAAUAAAGAUUAGUGUUUAAAUAAAUUAACAUCUACGAUAUGUGUAAA